UUUGCAGAGACCCAUAUUUUAAGACCGUAGAACAGAGCCUGGACUAAGUUCACUUUUCCCUCCGGCAGAGACAAACAGAGAGGCAUCAAUGGCGAGGAUCAAAUUGCACGAGCUAAGGAACAAAUCCAAGACGGAGUUGUUGAACCAAUUGAAGGAUCUGAAAGCAGAGCUUGCUCUCCUACGCGUCGCUAAGGUUACAGGCGGCGCCCCCAACAAGCUAUCGAAGAUUAAGGUCGUGAGGCUUUCGAUAGCGCAGGUGUUGACGGUGAUUUCGCAGACACAGAAAGCCGCAUUGAGGGAAGCUUACAAGAAUAAGAAGUAUUUGCCUCUCGAUCUCCGCCCCAAGAAAACCAGAGCCAUCCGCAGACGCCUCACUAAACACCAGGCGUCUCUAAAGACGGAGCGACAGAAGAAGAGGGAGAUGUAUUUCCCAAUGAGGAAAUAUGCCAUCAAGCCAUGCCCCAGCUGUUGGGAUGAAGGUUGAGCCCCAGGCCCCCAGCUAUUGAAUUUCAUCAGUGUACACUGAAGUUGCUUGUUAAUUGAUGUCAGAAGUAGGUGAAGGUUGCGAUCCCCUGUUCAUCGUUUUGGUUUGUUUUCUUCUGGCUUUUAGGCCUUUG